GCGCCGCUGACACGACCAACGCGCCUCCAUACACUCCCCCGAACUUAACGAACGACGCCUGUGACUAAGGCGACUCUGAUUUAUUCCUCGAAGAUAAUGCCCGGCUGGUUUUGACACGAUGUGGGUUUGGUUGUUUCUGGUCGUCGCGGCGUUGUCGAGGUCGGACGGCGCUGGUGCUGGGGCUGCCAGACUGGUUUGUUAUACGGAGAGCGCGCGCCCUCAAGGAUUCGCGGAGUGCACGCAUCUGGUGUACGCAGGGGACGCGAGGGGAGAUAAACUCGACACCCUGCUGAAGGAGUACAGGAAAUCGAAUCCGCGUUUGAAGAUCGUCGUCCGAGUUGCUGAUGACGAUAAGGAUCUUCGCGCCAUCCUAAAAUUGAAGAACGUCCAAGGUCUAGAGAUCCACAAUGCCCACAGAUCUCUCAACCGCACUAAAGUGUUGGAAAGUGUUGAGGAAGCCCGUUCAGCCAUCACUAGUUCGGGAGGCGGACCCCUAUUCUUGGCCCUGCCCGCUCAUCCGGAACUACUGGCCAAGUAUUACGACCUGAGGAGUUUGGUGAAGAAGGUGGACUUGCUAAUGGUUCAGACCCACGCUUUGGGGCUCGUGAAGAAGAUGACAUACCAUCCCAGUCGUUUAAGCGGAUUAUGGGAUAUGAUGAAUACAGAUUCAGUGGUAGACCUCGUUGUUGGGCUUGGAGUACCGGCCUCCAAGAUCGUGAUCAGUCUUCCAGCGACCGUGCGUCAGUUUACCCUCGUAAAUGAGACUCUCAGCACUCCGGGCAGUCCCGCUGAGGAAGAUGAACCAAAGGAAGUAGACCAGGCUGAGCUCUGCAGGCAGCUUCAGAAGGGACGCUGGACUUUGGAAAGAGAUCAAGAUUUGUCGGCGCCUUAUGCUUUCAAAAACAAAAUCUGGAUGUCGUUUGAAGACGCAUCGUCGGUCGACGUUAAAGGGAAGUACGCCCGCGUCCGAGGACUCGCGGGACUGGCCCUACACCGCGCUGAUCGAGAUCCUGAGACGCCUUGCGGGCCAACACUGAAGGCUUCCUUGUCCAAAGUGUUGAAUCAGCAAAGCCGAGCGCCACGUGCCGUCGUGUUGAGAUCCCUGGAGAACGAGAUACUGUCGGCUCCCGGUCACCGCGCCAUCGACGCCCUACAAGUUUCGCCCUAUCGCAUCACGCAGGUGGUGGACUCCGAUGGAGUGAUUCACUCCAUUCGUGAGGACACCCGCACUGAGUUCUCAUGUUCCCGCCAAGGAUACUUCGUGCAUCCUCGUUCUUGCGCUCGCUUCUACAGAUGUGUCAAGUUUGAUCAGCUAUCACCGGAAUAUACAGUUUUCGAGUUUGACUGUCCAGCUGGUCUCGCCUUCGACUCCAGAUACGAAGUGUGCGUGUGGCCGGGAAGCUUACCGCACUCCCAGGCCUGUCCCGGGUCCUCGGAGAUCGCACCUGUACCUCAGACAAGAUUUGUUUGCCCCGAACAUGAAGGCUAUUACGCUGAUCCUGAGAACUGUCGUUGGUUCUUCGCGUGUCUGGAUCACGGGAAAGCUCCGUUGACCGCGUACGAGUUCCGUUGUCCGUUCGGUCUCGGGUUCGACGCCGAAAAACAGAAGUGUGACUGGCCGUGGUUGGUGCCGGCCUGCGGUAACAUCGCUAGAUACGAAGCGGAAGCAUACGGUUUUUCUGCGGCUAUUCUCACAGGAGCUGCGGGCUUCCAAGGGCAAACAGCGGACGCCGUUAACAUCGCUGCUCAUCAGAGCCUCAUCUCUGGAGCGUCUCUUAACAAUCUAGUUGGCAUCCAAGAUGGCUUCCUCACCAAGGCUGACGCUUUGGACUCUAACUUCAUCGCUUCUCAGGAAUAUGCUGCCGGAAAAGCCGCUUCAGACUCUUCAUACCAAACGGGAGAUAGCGCAACUCAAAAUAAGAAUGGAUUGUUAUAUGCAACCGGUGAUGCGUCCAUAGGUAACUCGGUGAAUGUAGGUCUAGUCAACCCGUCUACAUACACCGAUGAAGGCAAAUAUACUAGCGGCUCCCUCAUAUUGGACGAUUACAGACUUCCAACUAAAGCCAAAUCUGUGAAUCGUGUCCAAAGUUUUGGUGCCAAAUACCAAAAAGGCGCGACAGCAUUUAAUGCGGCACAAACAGGAUUUACUAACCAGGAAGGUUAUUCAACUUCAUUUACUGCUGGAAAAAGUAGUACAUACCAGGGCGGUGCUUAUGAAUCGGGUGCUUAUGUUCAUGACCCUUCUGGAGACUACGCUGAGCCUUACAGGCACGUAGGUUCACCCGUCGCUCCUUACGUUCAUGAUGACUCUGCACACCUCGAUGUAGGACAGUACUCAACCUCCAGUGUGGAUGGUAAAAACAGUCAAAGUGGUUACAAAGGAACUUAUGAAGAAACUAUCAACACUAGGACUUCUAAUGAAGCCGAUUUAAGUGGGCAAUACGUGCAUGAUAAUUCUGGAGAUUAUGUUCAAUCCAGCAGCAAAUAUAAUUCAGGAGGGUCUGCGAAUGCCGGAUAUGAGGCCGGUUUUUACGGCACUGGAACUGGCUAUAAUGUGGACUACUCGAAAAUUGGCGGAAAAUACAAAGUAGACCAUUCAGGUUCAUAUAAUGCUGACUAUUCUGGAUUGUACGAUAAUGAGAAUUCCGGUAAAUAUGUUGCGGGGAUUUACAGAGCCGAUGGUCAAGUUGGAGAUAGUCCAGGAGCCAAGGCUAGUUCUGUUUACCAUGGAAGCUACAGUCAGGCUAAUGCUGGAAAUUACUUGAGUGACUCCAGAGCCAGGACUGGGGCGUCCCACACUUUAACCGCAGGGGCUGUGAACGUCGGGCUAGUUGGCAAGACAACAUUAGUUGAUGCUAUUUACAACGAUCAGAGUAACUAUCAAGGAAUUAACGCCCAAAAUUCAUUUGCUCAUCAAACCUUACACCCCAAUCAUAUUUUACAAGUAUCCCAACCUGCUGUUUCAAUUAAUCACGUAGGUACUGAUGGCAAUAAUUUGGAUGGAUACAGCUUUGUGACAAACCCGACUUCUUCGGGAGUUCCAACAACGACCACGCCAAUUGAGGUGACUACGUCUUUACCGAUUGUGUCUACAUACAAAACGACAUUCAUAGCCGAACCACCUAGAACCAGUAUUAAGCAGAUAUUUGGUUAUUCUCAACCGGCUGUUACAUACGUCCAGCCCACAGUUAUUCCUUUGAAACAAGUUGCUUUUGGCUUCCAAAUCAAUGAGCAUAAUCAAGGAUUUACCUAUCAGAACGUUAACGCUCAACAAGCAUCCGGAACUAGGAACAGCGGUUCCAUUAAAUCAUCUUCAGGUUACGAUUACUCGAAGCCAAGUAUCAAAUUCGAAGACGGCUUAAGUUUUACAACUGCGUCGCCUGAAGUCGUUUCGGUAUCUCAAUCUGAGCGAUUUGGAAAUAGUCAGCAAACAGUUCAUAAUAUAGAAUCUGUUGGAUUCGAGUAUUCUACGGCACGACCAGUAAACGAAGAACCAUUUAAAAAGUUGAUAGCGUACACAACAGGCGCUCCUGUCGCUGCAUUCCCUUCCACAACUUUUAGGCCUCAAUCGUUCAGCCAUAAAACUCUUCAUAAAGUUGAAACCGACAAGUUCGUUCCUUCGGUAGAAACCAACAUAAGGUAUCAACAACCACAAAUAGUACAAUACUCUACAGUGCAACCGACGAUAGCAGUGCAGCCUGUGGUCUCAACUUAUCAGCCUCAAGUGUACAGUCACCAAACAUUACACAAAGUAGAUACAGAUCACCUUAAUGUUUAUUCACAGAAAUCUUCCUCUAAUACUUACUCUGAUAACACCAAUACUUUUAAUUAUGAGCAACCUUCUGUUCAUUUUGGAGAUGUACAAUAUUCUACGCCAGCACCUGUUGUUUCCACAUAUAGACCACAAAGUCAUAGCCAACAAAUAAUUCAUAGAGUGGAGGGCUACUCUGUACCAGUUUCGUCCACUCCACAGCCCGUAGCACAAAUUACAUACAAAGCUCCCGUGACCGUGUUUGAAAACCCUAUUCUCAAAUAUACCAAUAAACCUAGUACAUCAUUCAGUCAUCAAACUAUCCAUAAACUGGAAAGCAAUCAAGCGUACACCCCAUCAAUCAACACUGGGUCAGUUGAUUACGAAACCGUUGUUUAUGACGCCCCAAAAAUCGUUUACACAACACCGCAGCCAACGGUGGCGGUGGCUCCAGUGGUAUCUACAUACCAGCCACAAGUUUCAAGUCAACAAACUCUGCACCAAGUCGAUCAUAGUCAGAUACACACAUACUCGGAAAACUCAGAAUCAGGUUACAAUUAUGAUAAACCAGCCAUUGCAUUCGAAGAUGCCAAACCAAUUGUUACGUAUUCUACCCCAGCACCAGCUGUGUCCACUUAUAGGCCGCAAACAUACAGACAUCAGUUAAUUCAGAAAGUCGAACCACAAGAAAUUGUAGAAGUCUCUUCAACGCCAGCCCCAACGAUAAAGUAUACCAUCAAACAAUCAGAUGUGACGACCUAUGAGAAUCCGUUCCUGAAAUAUACACCAAAAGCCACCCCUGUUACUUUUGUAAGGCCCACUCCAACUGUUUUUGCGCAAACUUAUACACCGAUCGUCGAACAACAUCAAGUGAACCAUGUUCUUAGUCAGCCAGUACAAUAUGAAACGCAAAAUUCUUUUGUUCAACAAAACUCACGAAUUAACUCGGAAGAUUUCUCAUCCGGUCAACCUGAAAUCCAACGCAACAUCGAAACGUCUAACAAAGCGCAAUUAUAUUCCGAUGCCAGCUUAGUAUCACAACAGUCGUUCCAUUUGUCGAACACAAAUAACGAAUACCAAUCUGAUAAGGAUGUAGUUUUCGUUUCAACCACGCCCUCAACUUUAGUAUAUGAAAAUCAUUAUGCUGCUUACGACACACCAAAGAAAGUCGAAACUUAUAGACCCCGUGAAUACAUUCCUCCAAAUACUGAAUACCAGCAGCAUUCUAUCUCAACAAUUUUAAAUCCGAUUACAAAACAAAACACAGUUUACCAAGAGGCACGAGACGAAUACGACUAUAAACCCGCGGAGUACGCUGAACAAUAUGAUAUCCAGAAAACUGUCUCAUCAAUUGCUCAAGCACAGAAAAAUGUUGAAUCCAUACAUUUCUCGGCGUUCCCUGGUACUAAAGUCACGACUAAUUACAAGCAAGCAACUUAUGACAGCCCCGAAAUUCAAGUAGAAUACAAAGCUGAAGAGUACUUGCCUCCAGUAGUAUCGACCGUCGCUCCGGUGAUAACAACAACUUAUAAGCCUCGUACGUACUCCACUAUAUCGACAACUAGAGAUUAUUUGACACCUAUUGUAGAUAAUUCAUACCUUCCACCGUCCAGCACUGAGAGAAGUUAUGUGAAAUCGACUACUCCAGAAUACAAUUACGCUCAAUCCACAACAACCUACAAUGCAGCGGAAUACUUGCCCCCUAUUGAAACAAAACAGGCAGAAAUUGUUAAUUUCGAAAGCUACGGAUUCAACAAAGUCGAUGCUACAGGAACAAACUACAAUACAUAUCAGGAUUAUUCCGUACCUAAAGGACCUGCAGUAAAAACACAAAACGCAUCGCCAAUACAAAGAAAACAGAACAUUGUUGUAGAAACAGCUAAAUCUAAUUUGCUUGGUUUCGGAACUGUAGGACCCGAUGCCGGAUUAAUUUCUCAAGUAACUUACACAACCGCAGCACCUAUUGCAGUUUCCUCUACUGUGAGACCGAUUGUGAGAACUCAGAGACCUUACAAACGCAUUCAGUCAACAACUGAAUAUCAGGCACCAGAAUAUCUGCCCCCUUCGGAAGUUGAAAGCUCUGAGUUGAACUUCAAAAAUUUUGAAUACAACGGCGCUGAAUCUGCUUCAGAAACGAUCAAUAACAACCAGUAUAAUGAGGAUUCAUUAGUAAUUUCAACAGCGACGCCCAAGAGAAAACAAAACAUUGUUGUCGAAACGGCAAAAUCUCACUUGCUAGGAUUUGGUACUGUUGGUCCUGAUGCUGGGCUUGUUUCACCAGUCGCAUACACUACAGCGGCUCCAACAAUUGUAUCUAGUAGUGAUGCUUACACAGUGACGCCCAAAGCGGUUACAACGGCGUAUGCUCCCAUCGAACAAGGCUUAUUUGAAGUUACUCCGUCCCCUGUGCCAGUUCGUCGAACUAAGCCGAAGGUGGCUGUUGUUACCAAAAUCAACGACUUCAACCCCCUUUUGGUUCGCAAGCUUGGAGCUGUAUGCAGUUGUCAAUCGCCCGUUUUAAUUCUGAAAGGCAAGAGGCCGAAUUCCGUAGAACAAAACUACGAUAAUUACGACAAUUCUCAUCGUGGUGAUAUCGGUGAUAGUCAAUGGCAAAAAUCCUCUAGGAUACAAGCUUCAAUAGCAACUGCAACCCCGAUCGUUACGUCUACUUUUAAUCCCAUUAUCGUGCCAGACGAUUCGUUCUAUCAAGAUUAUCAAGGGUAUGAGAAUCAGGAAGUGAACGUGACGCCUAAGCAAGAAGUUUAUACAGAGAGAUUCGUAUCGAGCACUCCGAUUGCUUCAACGACAGAGAAAUAUAGAACAAGGUCCAGAGUGAAAGCUGUGACUGUCGCUCCGACAUACAAAACUGUGUUAUUAAACCAAGAAGUAGCACCGUCAGCUUCGUAUACAGAAUCAGAAGCUGCUUCUGGAAUCGAUUCUCAAGCUUUCGAUCGUUACGGCCCUGGUGGUUGGCGAAGCCGAGACGAAACGUUACAAGGAUCCGUCGAUUGUCAAAGAGCUGGACUUUUCCGUCAUCCUAAGCAAUGUAACAAAUUCUACGCUUGCAGAUGGGACUGCACUAAGCAACGGUUCACUCUACACGUUUUCAAUUGCCCGAUCCAGCUCAGUUUUGACCCAAGUAUUGGAGCUUGUAACUGGCCCAGCCAAGGCCCGGCAUGUCAAGGCGAUACGCUUCUAACAAACGCUUUGUGAACCUAAAACCGUCGUGUAUGACUCGUUGUGCCAUCGUGAUGUGAUAAUGUGAUCACAUAUUGAAUUUCUCAAGAACAUGUUCUCUCUCUUUCGUUUUUAAGAUGCUUAUUUUAUUUAUUUGACUUUGUUAAUGUUGUUUCAUUUUUAUUUAUUACAUUUUCAUAUAUUUUUCAGCUAUCGCCUUGCCAUAUUUAUUGUAUUCAUUGGUUUUGAAUUAGUUACUAUUUAAAAUUAUCUAGUUAAUAUCGUAAUUUCAUUACGUUGUAUAUUAUGAAGUCAUAUUUUUUUACCUUAAAAAUUAAUAUAGAAAUAAUAAU